AUGAUGGUUGUGUGGGCUCUUGGUGCUUAUCCUGUAGAGAGGGAAGAUUAUAAUAUUGAGAUGACUUUUAAGAUUAUUCCUGGGGUUUACGAAGGGAAUAAAAGAGCAAAGGUUGAGGAAUCAAAUAAGUAUCUAUUAAAAGUGUCUUUGGUUGGUAUUCUCCAAGAAGCGCUGAAUGUAAUUAAAGACAAUGCUAUUGUUCAGGUAUUGGUGUCUGAUUACGUUGGGCAAGAGAGAUUAUCUAGAAUGAGUUUUAUAUAUAUGCUAGUGAUAUUAAUUGCAUUGAUAUGCAGUUUAUUAGUAAGAAGAAUUUUUUGUGGUUCUUCAUCUAAAAAUUCGAUUCAAUCUAAAUUGUUAGUUACUCAUAAUAAUUUUGUUGAAUAUUUGAAAGUUGUGUCUAAAAAUAGAGGUAUACCUCCGACGGUUAAGAGUGAUAGUGUGAAUAAGUUUGAAUCAGACUCUUUAAAUGAUAGUCAUUCAUCUAAGCAAGUUGAAGUUUCUGUAGUAUCUAAUAGUCAUGUAAGCAGAUUUGAGUUGAGUUCGUCAAAUAGUUUACAUUUGUUUAAAUGUGAUCAUAGCGAAGAUUCUGAAUUAUUUAUUGGAGUACAACUUUCUCCCUUGCAAAACGAAAUUCAAGAUAGAGAUCCAGAAGCCGGUCCAGGCCCUGCCACCCAAGUAUAUAGAGAGGUAAAAAUUGCACCAGAAAACCAUUUUCGAUCAAUUUACAAGAUAGAAGAUGGAAUUAUAAAAAAAAAGCCAUCCUCAAAAGCUAUAGAAUUUUUAGAAAGAAGACCAGACCCCAAUAGACAGUAUCAAAAUCUCAAUUCUAUGACAGUAUGGGAAGGAAUA